AUUGUCGAACAAUAACCUUUACAUUAUAGACGGUUGACACCCUUUCCAACCUAGAGGUGCUGGUGUGCUCAUUCUAAAUGUGCCAUUACCUGGUGUCUCAUCGCUUAUUGGAUUGGCCGCUCACGCCUUCCUUUUCUUUUUUGUGUGUGGAUGACGACUUAGUCUCGAUGGUCGACAUGGUAAUCUGUGACUAGUAUAUGGGAAUCGUGGGGUAACUUGCAGUGACUGUUCUUGGGCUAUUAUCGUGGUAGAUGUUACCUGCUUCUUUGGAUCGCCCUCCAUCAUCCGGCAUUGUAAAGGAAUCCCUCUAAUCUCUACUUUGAUGAUGGAGACUUUCCUUCGCAUCAUUCAGUGCAAUUCGUCUUCAGCCUUUUGGAAUGACGAGAGCGAUUGGCAGGUCAGAAGGUCCCGCUUAGACUCCUCUACAUAUUCGCUCAUUACCCCUACGAUGCCUGCAGUCACUUCUGGUAAAGUCUUGGUCACUGGUGCCAACGGCUACGUGGCCAUUUGGAUCAUAAAGACCCUCUUGGAAAAAGGGUACUCUGUUUGGGGUACCAUUCGUUCCGAUUCUAAGGCCGCACACGUUCGGAGCCUCUUUGCGUCCUACGGCGACAAGUUUGAGCUUGUCGCCGUUAACGACUUCACCAAGGAAGGAGCGUUUGAUGAGGUUGUCAAAGGCGUGGUCGCCAUUGAGCACACCGCAUCUCCCGUCAGUUGGAGUGCUAAAGACCCCAACGAGCUAAUCAAGCCUGCGGUCGAAGGGACUCUGGGAGUGCUCCAGAGUGCUCUGCGACACGGUACUCAAGUCAAACGCGUCGUAAUCACAUCCUCUGGAGCUGCUGUUCAGGAAUUCGGUGUUGCUCCUGAACGCCGUGUUUACUCCGAGGCCGAUUGGAACAGGAAGUCUAUCCGUGAGGUAGAGACCAAAGGCGAAGGUGCUGACCAGCUCGAGAAGUACUGCGCUAGCAAGACUUUGGCCGAACUCGCCGCUUGGGAGUUUUUCGAGGAGCAGAAGAAGAAGGGCUACUUAUCUUUUGAUAUUGUUACCCUUGUUCCGCCCUACGUCUUUGGUCCGUGGCUCCAAGAAGUCAAGGAUCCAUCUGCUUUGAAUAUGCCAAACAACUUCUUUUACGACAAUGUUAUUCAGGGCAAGGCCAGCAAUGAGUCCCUGGCCAACGACGGAGGUCAAUUGGUCGACGUUCGCGACCUCGCACUGGCGCACGUCCUUUCAAUCGAGAACGCAGAGGCAGGCGGGAAACGACUGCUCAUCAGUGCGGGUAAUUUCAAAUGGCAGGAUAUCGUGAACGCCGCUCGGCGCUAUUCCGCCAAGAUACCAGCAGGCAAUGUCUCCUACAAUCCUGAGUCUGCUGAACAUCUUAUCACAUUGGAUACUUCUUCCACUGAGAAGGUGCUUCCCGAGCUCCACUACCGCAGCAUAGAGGACACCACGUUAGGUAUGUUAGAGUCCCUCGAGAAGAGCGGUGAAUCGGAGGAACUCUUGUCUUUCAAUGUCAGAGUUUUGGCCAAAUUGAAUAGAAUUAUUAUUAUGUGCCAGUUAUGGACUGAGUGUCAUCAUUUCAAUGCCAGAGCUUCGUUACAUCCUGAUCGAUGAGCGAUGUCGACGAGCCUUCAUGUCUUGUCAAAAAAAGGAAACUUAUCGGGAGGUGUCAGACAACAAAAGCAAAUAAACCGGGCAGUAUGUGCAGGUAGUCUCGCACAACGGGCAUACAUGCGUCUCACAAUAAGCAUUGCUGUCCGAG